GUGCUUGAGAUAGUUUCAGAACUCCAUGUGCUGAUUUUGUUCUCCAUUUUGCCCUCCUCGUAUCCCUUCCAGUGUGCUCAUGAAACAUCGGCCCAUGCAGUGCAUCAUCAGGGUCAUAGGCAACAGACAUUGCGUACACGUCACAACGAUCGUCGACGCCCAGUCGAGUUUGGGUGUGUACUUGUCCUUACCUUCCUUUUACAGGACGGGUAACAUUAUUGGGAAAUAUUAUAUGAUCUUAAGAAAGGUAAGCACCCCAUCACCUGUUCUGUGCAAUGCACAACUUCAUGUCCAUUUCGUGUGUGCCCACGGACCUCUCGGACACGUCAUUAGCGGUCGAGGAAUAUCACACCUUUCCCAUCACACAGUUGCUUUUCCUGGUUUGCAACCCUAUGUCCGUGUGACUGACAACGAAGAUCGAAGCUGGCAGCAAGCUUGUGUUCGUUCGCUCAAUCUAUCGAUCUUCGUGUCCCAAUUUCUGUCAGGUAGAAGAUCAACCUCCUAUUUUCAGAACUUGCAGCUCUCAAUUUUUGUCAGGGAGAAGAUCGAGCUCCUAUUUUUCAGAACUUGCAGCUCCCAAUUUCUGUCAGGGAGAAGAUCAAGCUCCUCUUUUGCAGAACUUGCAGCUCUGGCCAUCUCGAUCGGACUGGCAUCGCCAUGGAGAAUCCUAUCUUUAUUUAGCCUUAUCAGUGCCUUGAUUCCUACUUUCUGUCAAGGGACGAUUGUUGUGAUUUCGUUUGUUUCGAGUAUUUCGUUGUGCUGGAAAACUGAUGGACAGCUCAGAUCUCGCCGCCGUCGUGCGGUUUACAAUGAGACGUCGAGUCCCUCAGAUUCGUGCUGUAGGGCUGCUGAUGUACUCAUUGAACCAAGAUUUGGUUCAUUUGGUUUCCUACGGCGAGGCGGCCGCCGAAUGUGAUGGAGCGAUCAGCCGAGCACGAGUCAAUCGAUGGACGCUCAGAUCAUCGUCGUCAGGCGGAAUGCCAGGAUCACAUCUAAGUCUUGGGAGACUAAACAUCUAUGAUUGAACACUCCAGUGUGGAGAAGAUGUAAUUUGAUGGCGCUUCCACGAGACAAAUGACGGUCGCUGCUGGGCCACCAGAGGGACAUAAUGCCCCGCCUACACUCUUGAGGCAGCUGGCGCGAUGAGGAUGGUACAGGUUGCGUUAGUGUCUUGCCACAGCUUUGAAGGCAAAAGGCUGGAGUCCGCUCUGAGUUUCUAGGAUUGGAAGCUCAGCGAGGAAAUAACUAGCUGACAUGUACACAGGGUAAAAAGCAGAUCACAAGGUCACCGUGUUCUUCCGCCGCUGCUGAGAAACUGACGGAAUACAUCAUCAGUCGGACUGUCAGAUAGAGUGUGACGGCUUUGAUAUCCAAUCUGUUGCCGGUCAGAUUGGGCAGACUGCAGAGAUGAAAGCCGGAGAAGCUGGCUGGAACGUUUCUGACGUCAGCCAGACUGCAAUGGAUAAGGCCAUCGAAGAUCAGACUGGCAACUUCUUGGAGCAGGUAGCAGUCGGUAUGCUUAUGAUCAAUUGACAGGCGAGCUGAAGCGUAGAUACCUCAUCUUCUACGACAACUACGAAUUUUCUUCAUGUUGUCGACCCGAGUCGCAGACUGCGAAGUACACGGAAUCUAAUAUCGUGAGCAUAUUUUUGACCAAGUUGGCCUCCUCUAUUAUGGCAAACAUGUUGAUCCUAAAAAUUCCGUUAUUCUGAGUGGGGGAGCCUAUAAGACUGCAUUCGACUGUCAACCCUCAAUAUACUCACAGCAAGUCAAGAUGAGGCGGUGUGGUUAAAUCCAUUUGAUUUUGAUCCAGAGUCGAAAACUUGGGAAUGUGCUCUCCAUCAAUAUUACUACCAUAGCGAUGUGGAGUAUUGAGUUAAAUUCAAUGAUUGGGCCGAUCCCGCACAUGCAGCUGAAGUUUGUGGUGGUAUAAAUUCUUGAUAUCAAUGCAAGUGGGUUGGCAUAUAUAUAGACUCAGAACAGUACUUGGCAGAUGCAGAAAAUGUCACCUCUUCGAUCCGUAACACGCUGGCUAUUGUGAAAUUGUAUUCAAAAUGGAAUGAAUUUUCCCCAGAUUCCACGCUCUGUAUGUACUCGCCAGUCUGUUCUUAUCUGGAAGUGAUUGUCAGGAAGCUACAAGCAAGCCGCCCAAUGUCCAGCCAGAUUU